AUGACUGGCGUUGAUGCUGGAUGUGUUUGUCAAAUAUGUGGGGCAGUGUCAGAGUUCGAUCCAAAUGUGUCUUUCUACGACAAAAUAACACAGUGGCUGGAUAAACACCCGACAUUUGCAUGGAAUUAUUUCAAUCGUAAAGCCGAUCUUCCAACAGAUUUGUGGGCAGGAGUUGCGAAUCUUGGCAGUGCCGCUCAGGACACUGCUUCAGAAGAGAAGAGAAUACCCAAAGAUGCCGACAAAGAGUUCCACUCUUCGAAACAGUGUCCGAAUCCUUCAGGUUCGAUGCGCAAAAUCAGCAGUCAGGAUUUCGAGUUUGACGAUUGCAAGCGCAUCGUUUCCUCCUGUCCUGAUGGAAGUCAAACAUUCAUUACACCAAAUAUAUGCUUUCUUGCAUCACUUUCCGAGAGAAGUGCGGUUGAGAACAGUUGUAAAGACAACGCAAGUUCCCCACGAACUGCGCAAUCCCGUCGAUUGUUCUCACUCGAUGAGAGGGAGUUAAUCAGUGAAUUAGUUCUCGAUAUAUGUUACGAGCUUGAUGUGACAGCAUUAUGUUUCAAGAUACUUCAGAACGUUUGCAUUUUAUUAAAUGCAGACCGCGGAUCAUUAUUUCUCCUGGACAAGGAUAAUAAUACUGGGGAGACCGUACUAGUGAGCAAAUUAUUUGAUGUGACUCCAAAUUGUUCAUUGUUGGAGAGCUUGGAACAUACCGAAAGACACCAUAUUAAAUUUCCUUUGGGGGUUGGUAUAUCUGGACACGUUGCUCAAACUGGGACAUAUGCCAAUAUACCGGACGCGUACGCAGAUCCACGAUUCUCUGACCUUGUCGACCGGGAAACCGGCUACCGCACACGCUGUUUACUUUGCAUGCCAAUCAAGAAUAUUCAGGGCAAGGUUCUGGCGGUUGCUGUGAUCAUGAACAAGAAGAAACGAUUGACCGCAAUGGUGCCCGAUUCCACACCCUCACACGGUGAGAAAGGAGAGCGAGAUGCAAACCAGCGGCUACGGCAGCACCAGGAGCAGCAGCACCACCAGGAGCAGCAGCACCACCAGGAGCAGCAGCACCACCAGGAGCAGCAGCAGCACCAGGAGCAGGGGGAAGAACAAUCGGAUUCCACUGGGACAGCCACACAAGAUGACGAGGAUGUGUUUACCGAGCGAGAUGUGCGCGUGUUCAAAUCGUAUGUCGCGUUUUGCGGUAUCGGUUUGCACAAUGCACAAAUCUAUCAGCAAAGUCGGANNNNAACCAGUCAUCUCGAUCGUCAGUUGUUCCCAUCCGAUUUGGAGAAGACUUGCACCUACUGGAGAUGA